UGCGGGAGCCCAGGUUUGGAGGAGCGCGCGCCAUGGAAAACGAGGUCUUAGGGGACGACGAGCUGCUGCAGAAGCUCAAGGACAGCCGCCGCCGCUUCCAGAGGCACAUGCAACAGCUGCUCGAGAAGUACAACCAGCCCUUCGAGGAUGCCCCGGUGGUGCAAAUGUCCACGCUGACCUACGAGACGCCCCAAGGAUUGAGAGUUUGGGGUGGAAGGCUAGUAAAGAAGAAGGGCGAAGGCCACAUCCAGGGCUCCGCGGAGGAGACGGCCAGCAGGAUUGAGGGCCCCGUGCAAUCCGCGGCUGGAGGGGACGGGCUGCCCGCGCCCAGCGCUCGGGACCUGGAACUGGAUUCGAAAAGCAGGGACGCCAAUGUCACUCUACACCAGGAGGGUCUGGCUGCCGCAGUCUCGCUGGCUGCAGCGCCCUGGAGCCCUCUGAAGGACGAGCUGAGGAGGAAGUACCUGAGCCAGGCGGACGCGCUGCUGCCGGACGCGGAGUGCGACGACUGUGGAGGUGGAGACGACACGCGUGUGACCCUGGUCUCGCCUCCCAGACCUGCCCACGACAUGACCGUGGUGCUCAGAGAUGACAGCGUGUCCUGGCGAGAGACCAGUGGUCACAGCUUCUCCAGCAGCCAGUCCUUUGCGGCUGCCGACGACGACGACGACGACCUCUGCAACGUGACCGUCAGCGACCUGUACGCGGGCAUGCUGCGCUCCAUGAGCCGGCUGCUGAGCGCCAGGUCCUCGUGCGUCAUCUCCACCAAGACCUUCAUCGUCCGGGCCCGCGCCUCCCGGCGGAGGCCCCGGGGCAAGAGCAGGGCGGAUAGGACGUACUGCCGGGGCAGCAGGCCCCCCUGCAGCGGUCCCCGGGAGAGGCCCGGGCCCCAGCCUGAGCCCGGGAGAGGGGCCGUCGCCCUGAGAGAGUGCCAGAACUUCCAAGGCCUUGCUGGCCAGGGGGCGGGAUUAACAUUGGGAAAAGCUUCUUUUGAAGGGAACAAACUCCAGAUCUGGAAGGAGCUUAAGAGGACACCCCAGAAGCUGUCUUCGUGGCCUCACAGAGACGGCAGUGCCGUGUAUCUGGCUCCCAGGGGCCCCCGCCUCGAUCAGGAAAAUCGGUUGAUGACACUACAGUGGUUAAUUUCUCCUGUGAAAAUCCUUCCCAGACCGAGAGGACUGCAGGGCGAGGGAGGGGGCCAUCCCGGGGACCUCCGAAGCAGGUUUGACAAACUCUAUCAGGAAUACUGUCUAAGCCCCAGGAAGCAGCCGUGCCUGACCUACCCGCCCAGCUCCUCUGGGGUCCGCGUGCACAGGGGGGUUUCAGGGAGCCCCGGCGGCCCCUGGGAAUCGGAAACCCACCGGCCGAGUAGACCUUUCAGCAGAGCCAAAGCCAAGAGUCUGAAUGAAGCUUUCGAAACCCUCAGUCAACAAGCUCUGGAAGCAGGAAGGGGGCUGCCGCAAGGUGCUUCCCCUCCGCCCCUUCCGAAGACCGAGCCAUCGGGCCGCUGGAAGCCACCGUCAGCCAGUCUUCUUCAAGGAAAUGGCCUCGGGACAUUUAGGAAGUCCGCGUCACUCAGCAGAGCUUUCUCAGUCCCCGGGGUGCAGCCCCUGGGCCCUGCGAGAGACCACUACGACGAGAUUAAGGAGAGAUUUGACCGGCUGCACCGCAAGUAUUGCCGGGCAUCGGCUCCGGGGACGGAGGCAUCCUUCUGUCCCGGGGCGCCUCCAGGUACAGCCCGUGUGCAAGUUCAGAGUCAGAAAGCCUUCUCAGGAAAAUUAAAUCCGGACUCUGGCUCCCAGGGGCCCCCGAAGUUGCCGCCGCCGUCACCCCGGCACAGCGUAAGAAGUCCGCUGGGCCCGGGCACAGCUGAGGUCCGCCCGCCCCCGUGGUCAGCGCCGGCGGCCGGGUGCAGCUCCUCCCCCCAGGCGAAGAGACUGCGGCUGUCCGACCCGCGGGCGUGUGGAAGGGGGGCCGACGGCCGGGGUCCCUGUCGCACGGUGGGCGGGGCCGCCCCGGGGCCCAGGGAAGAGGCCCACGGGGAGAAAAGGGAAAAGAAGAGCAUGUCCUUCAGGAUGGAAGAUCGGUGAUUUUGUGUUAGAAAACUCGAAGCUAAACAUCUGUAGUCAACUUAUUUUACAGAGUGUUUUCCCUCUUCCCUCUUAUUCUGUGUGUGUGUGUGUGUGUGUGUGUGUGUUUCAUUCUCAAGAAUAUGUUAGAGCUCGCUUCAGUUUUCUGCCCUUCAAAGCAAAUCUCAGUGGAAUCGGUUUCGUUGAGACGCAUCCGAGUUCUUGGUGACCAAAUUAUUGGAAUAAAGUAGUGCGAUUAGAAGUGUUAAUGUUACGCUUUAGAGAGCUAUUUUGCUCAUGUUUUCUGUGCUAAUUUUAGACAUGCGUGUGUAUUUCCCAUCUCCCUAGAGAAACUGUUUUGCUGUGAAGCCAAAGUUGAAAAAUGUAGCCGCUUGGUCUUUUACGUUCAGACCCGUGGGACUUGGUGCCUUCCAGAUCAGGAGGCUGCAAACUGCAACAUCACUCGCCCAUAAAAAGUCAUUUUCUGGUUCUUAGGGGAAAGCGGGCUGCAUUCCCACAGCCCCGGGACAGUCCCCGAGCGUGCUGGCAGCCGCACGGCGCCCAUGCCGCCUCGGGACCCUUCCUGGCGGAGCGUCUCCAGCAGUGGAAUGUUUUCGGGUGUUCAGGGCGCAGCGACCAAGCCCACACCGAGUGAUUGUUUUAUUGCCACGUGUUGCAGGGUUUUUUAUUUUAAAUAAAGAUUCCAGAUAA